AUGGCAGACACCCUAAAGCCGUCCACCAGCCUACCACGCCAGGACUUGCACGUCACAGUCACUCUCAGGAGCGACGAUGGCACUCGAGAGACGCAGCAGGUGUCUUGUGAUAUUCUCCGAGCCAUCUCAUCCUGGCUGGUCAAGAACAUCGCCAUCGACGACUGCAACGCCAUUGCCCUAGACCUGACACGGACAUCGGCGAAGGCUUUCAAAGCCGCCGUACACUACUCCACGCAGCAGACCUUGCCGGCGGAGCUGUGUGAGGCACAGCUGAAUGUCGAGCGCGACAUCCCAGCAUAUUUGGAGAAGUUGAUAAUCGAGUGCUGGAUCUUCGGCCAUCUUUACCACUACCACGCCUUCCAAAAUGCCGUCAUGCACACCUUCCUCGACCUGAAAGGGCGGAACCCCAAAACAAGAAGCGACAUCGACAACUUCCCCCUUGCCUUCUUCAGCCUCCCGCCAGGAUCUAAGAUGCGAAAGCUGAUGAUCGAGGCGCUGGUUCUCGGCCUGCGUGGUAGUCCUGAUGAUACGAAGCGCCCGUACGAGUGGGGAUGGUUGAAGCGGUUCAAGGGUGUCGUGGGAUUCUUUGCGGAGUUUGCUGAUGCUAUGUGGGAUUGGGACAACGGUGGUGAGUACGAGGGUGUAGUUCGUUUUGCACCAGGGUUGAAUGAGUUCGAGUCGAAGGAGCGGUAUAUGGUGAGUGCUGCAGACGAUGAGAACGAGGAGAUCAUGGUGGAGGAUGAUGAGAGCGAGUUUGCACCUGAGUGA